AAUAAGAGCUACAAUAGGCAUUGUCACUGCUGCAAGUGUUCAUGAUGAAACAUUUGUCUCAGUUUUUGAGCAAUGCUAAAUCACGUCUCCAACUCGUGAGAACGAAUCUCAGUCGCGCAUUCCUUACUGAAAUUCGACCUUUGAACCCGAACUCGUGGCAACCGAAGAUGCCGAAAUCCAAGAGAAAUAGAAUCUACACUCUGUCGCAGACGAGGAAGAAAGGGAGAGAGGCAAAGAGCGGACUCUUACAGGAGGUACGAGACUGUGUGGACAAGUACUCACACAUAUUUGUGUAUAGUGUUGAGAACAUGAGAAACAACAAACUCAAGGAGGUGAGGACCCAGUGGAGGAGCGGUGAUGGUUCUACGGGAGGAACAGAGUCCUGGCCCACAGCCCUCGGGAGGUUGAGGCCGAGGAAAUACAGAGAGGGUCUCUCCUCUCUUGCCAAGGUCACACACACACACACACACCUCGUCUGCAGCCGCGAGCUGCCCUUUCGUACUACAUGAUGCUGCUCUUCUGCGUUGUUUGAUCUCUAUGAUGUGAUGACACAUGCAUCAUAUGUACUUAUUGUGUUUAGCACACUCUAGCAUUAGAGAAAGAUGAUGAAAAUAGGAAACAGCCCAAUCAACUAGGUUGUUCAAUGCCACUUUCAUACCAAUUUAUUUCUUUAGUGUAUAAGAUUCAUAAGAAAAGGUUUUUCCUUCCU